UGCUCCUUUAGAAAAUAUCAAAGUGGAUGAAGCAUGACAGCCUUCUUUUCAUACAUUACUUUUACCACAAAGCAUUUGCUUACCACUUUGAGGACAAAAAUGAAGAUGACUGGAUCACCAGAUACUUCUUCACUGGAGGGACAAUGCCUUCUACAAACUUACUUCUUUAUUUCCAGGAUGAUGUUUCUAUUGUUGACCAUUGGGCUUGUAAAUGGGACACAUUAUGCACAAACCAGUGAGGAGUGGCUUAAGAGUAUGGACCAGAACAUGACUUCUAUCAGUCCAAUAAUGGAGUCAACUUAUGGCAAAGAUUCAGCUGUUAAGUGGACUGCAUACUAGCGGACAUUCUUCAUCUUGGUGGCAGAGCUGUU